AUGGGCGACAAGGACAAGAUGGCCUUGGACACAGACCCUCGCACGGGUGACUUCAUACACAGAAACUUGACAAUUCUGCAGAAUGAUGCCUCUGUUGCCAGCAAAGCUGGCGUUCAUGGAAAGACUGCCCCCUUGCCUAGUCAUGAAAAUCCUGUCGAGUCCGCUAGUACUGACAACCCUGAGAUCGAUGCUGAAGCAGACGACGAUAGUGACAAUGAGUUGGCAAACCGAAGCGAGGACGAGAGUGCAGGCCGCUUGGUCCAGAACGAGCCCCGCAAGCCCCGUAAGAUCAGCCAGAAGAAGAAGAUCGAGCAAGCAAAUUUCGGUGCUUGGCUGGAGAAUAACAAGAACAGGCUAUCUAAGAAGCCUGAGAGCCGUGUCGCAGAAAAGGAUCAGUCCAUCGGAUAUCUUGUCAAGAGUUGGGAGGGUGAAAAGAUUAUCAACAAUCCUCGUGACUACCAGAUGGAGCUGUUUGAGAGGGCCAAAGAGAAGAACACAAUUGCUGUUCUAGACACCGGAUCUGGAAAGACCCUAAUCGCGGUGCUGCUCCUCCAGUACGUGAUAGAAAAAGAGCUGGAGGACCGCAAGAGAGGCCUCCCCCGGAGGCUAUCCUUCUUCCUUGUUGACAAGGUUGCUCUCGCCUAUCAGCAGCAUGCAGUUCUCGAUUGCAACCUUGCCCAUUCUGUGGCCGCCUUCUCCGGAGACUCCGUGCGAUCCUUGUGGAACAAGUCCUUCUGGGAGCAGAAAUUCACAGAGCACGAAGUCAUAGUGUGCACAGCCGAGAUAUUGAACAAAUGUCUUCAGUUUGGUUAUAUCCGGAUCGACCAGAUCAACCUUCUGAUUUUCGACGAGGCUCACCAUACCAAGAAGAAUCACCCCUACGCCCGCAUCAUCAAAGACUAUUAUGCUGCCCAAGAGGGAACUACUGCUCGACUCCCCCGUAUUUUCGGAAUGACUGCGUCGCCUGUCGGUGCACAGGUGGACGUCCGUCUGGCAGCAAUGGAGCUCGAAGGCCUGUUGCACAGCCAGAUCGCGACCACAGCAGAUCCAAAGGCCCUACAAACAACUGUUUCAAAACCCAAAAAAGAGGAUCUGGCAAUAUAUCCUCACCUGAUUCAGCCACCAGAGACAGAGCUCACUGCAAAGCUGAGGGCAGCAGUUGGCAGCAAUAAAUAUCUCUCGAAAGCGUUCGCCUUUUCGAAGUUCGCUUCAAGGGAGCUUGGAACUUGGUUUGCAGACAGAAACUGGCAGCUUGUCUUACAAGACGAUGAGUUGUCUAAGCUCGAAGCAAGGACCGAGCGGGGCUUUGUCAACAACAUGGCUUCGGCCGACGCGGUGGACAAGCACAAGAAAGGCAUCCAGACUGCUCGACAGCUGAUCCAGAAGCAUCAUUUCAAGGAACCGGAGGAGUUCCUGUUGUCGUCAAAAGUCCACGUUCUUCUCAGGCUUUUGAAAGACCACUUCAACGGUGCGGAGGACAAAGUUCGAUGUAUAGUCUUUGUCGAACAGCGGUGGACAGCCAAGCUUUUGACGGACCUGCUUCAGCAAGAAGGCAUCGUCAGGAUCCCCGGGCUCAAAGUUGGAGUUCUGAUGGGCGCGAAUCAAGAAGACAAUUACUCGUCGACGUCUUUCCGCCAGCAGCUUAUGACAAUUCUUAAUUUCAGGGAUGGUGAGCUCAAUUGCAUCUUUGCAACUUCAGUCGCUGAGGAGGGCCUGGAUAUUCCGGACUGCAACCUGAUAAUUCGCUUUGACCUCUACAAGACGAUGAUACAGUACAUACAGUCACGAGGUCGAGCUAGGCAGGCUGAAUCUACGUACGUCCACAUGAUUGAGGAGGGCAAUGGUGAUCAUCGUCGAAGAAUCUACCAGAACACCACAAACGAGAACCUCUUGCGCAAAUUCUGCAGCUCCCUACCAGACGACAGGCAGCUCAAAGGCAGCGACUUCGACAUGGACUACUAUCUCCGAAAAGAGCGAGAUCAACUCCAGCACACUAUUCAGUCUAGCGGAGCAAAGAUCACGUACAAGAAUAGCAUGUCGAUUCUUGGGGACUUUCUCAAUUCGCUUCAACACCAAGAAGACUUCACAAUGGACAUGGGAAUUGUGGCUGAUUAUCAUAUCAUGCCGACCCAAGGAGGCUUCGUCUGUGAAUUGAUAAUGCCAACCGCCUCCCCAGUGUCCGGCGCAACAGGAAGGAUUCACUCGACAAAGCAGGUCGCCAAGUGCUCCGCAGCGUUUGAAGUAUGCCUCAAGCUGAGCUCAAGCAAAUUUAUCGAUGAACAUUUGCGUUCAAGAUUUGUCGAGAGACGCAACGUGAUGGCAAAUGCGCGCCUAGCGGUAUCCUCGAAGAAGCAGGCAAAAUACGACAUGCGACUGAAACCAAAGCUGUGGGAUGAGCUCGGCCCGGUUCAGGAAUUGUACGCGACUGUGCUGAUUCUUGCGAGGCCCAAUGCCCUAGAGCGCCCAUCCCGGCCUCUUCUGUUCCUAACGAGGACAAAGCUACCCCAGAUCAAACCGGUCCCUCUGUACUUCGGGCAGCCCGGAUCAAAGGCAACGUCUUCAAAUGUCGCUUGCCAAGUUUUGAAUAUUCCUAUCACAACAUCGGAAGAAGACUUACAGCUCUUCACCAGAUUCACUUUGAAGGUCUUUGUUGAUCUUUUCAACAAGAAAUACGUGGCGGAUAAGGAGAGCAUGCCAUACUUUUUCGCUCCCACGACGGAGAACCAUCAGUUCACGUUCUCGGAGCUCCCUGAUCUACGUGAGGUCAUCGAUUGGUGCCUUUUGCGCCAAGUGCUGAGCACUGAUGCAUUGCCAUACACGGGCCAGGAGCCAGAGAGCUUUUUCAUGGACAAAUUUAUUGUCGAUCCCCACGAUGGUUCCCGCAGAUUCUGGCUGCGUGGGAUUCGCAAGGAUCUAACACCCCGAAGCCCAGUUCCAGAUGACGUUGAGCAUGUUCCAGGAUACCGACAGUGGAAGCGUGGCGAGGUCACUCACGACAUUUUGAAUUGGAGUGUCACCUCUUGGAAGGCCACCCGCGAAGCUCGAGGAAUGACAUGGAUGGAGGACCAGCCUGUCGUUGUGGGCAAAUAUGUGUCACUGCGCCGAGAUUUCCUCUCCGAGAUGGAAGAAAAUCCCAAGAAUCCGUUCUGUUACUUCAUCCUCGAACCACUGAGAAUUUCGCCACUUCCUGUGGAUGUGGUUGCCAUGGCCUACCUCAUUCCGUCUGUAAUCCACCGGAUCGAGCAAAAUCUCAUCGCCUUAGACGCGUGCAAGAUGCUCCAGCUUGAUAUUCAUCCGGAUCUUGCCCUCGAGGCACUCACUAAAGACAGUGAGAACUCAUCUGAAGAUGACGGAAGAGAUUCAAUGGAGGCCUUUGAACCUGUCAACAUCCAGCCGGGGAUGGGCAACAAUUACGAACGACUCGAGUUCUUAGGUGACUCGUUCUUGAAGCUGGCGACGACAAUUUCUCUCUUUACGCUUAUACCAAACAAAGAUGAGUUCGACUAUCACGUCGAGCGGAUGAUCAUGAUCUGCAACCAGAAUCUCUUUGGAGUUGCGCGCAGUGACUGGUUGAAGUUGGAAGAAUACAUCCGGUCCAAGGCUUUCUCACGUGCGACCUGGUAUCCCAACUUAAGCCUAGAGUUCGGGAAGAAGCACCAGAGUACCUUGAAAAACAUGGAUUCUCACAGCCUUGCUGAUAAGUCAAUUGCCGACGUCUGUGAGGCCCUCAUUGGCGCCGCAUACAUGAGCACUCGCAAAGACAACGACUACACAUUGGCAAUUCAAGCAGUGACUCGGCUUACGAACCACAAACAUCAUCCCAUGAUGAAGUGGGAGGAAUACUACGCUGCAUACAAGAAGCCGAACUGGCAAACUACCGCCGCCAGCGCUGUUGAGCUGGAUAUGGCCAAGAAGAUUGAGGAAGCCACAAAAUACAAGUUCAAAUAUCCCCGUCUGCUCCGGUCUGCUUUUGUACACCCCUCGCGUCCUUACUCUUUUGACAAGGUACCAAGUUAUCAACGUUUGGAAUUCCUGGGCGAUGCCCUGCUGGAUAUGGUCUGUGUUGACUUUCUUUUCCAUAUCGCGCCAGACAAGGGCCCACAGUGGUUGACGGAACACAAGAUGGCCAUGGUAUCGAAUCAGUUUUUCGGCUGCCUUGCAGUGGAGUUAGGUUUCCACAAAUUCCUCCUGCAUAACGGGGUUCUCGGCUCGUCAAUUCUAGAAUAUGUGACUGUCAUCAAUGAGGCACGCCGCGUUGCCGAGGACGCAGCCGAGGCAGCGGGCAAGCCUCGCUCGCAUUUUUCUCGCGAUUACUGGAUCGAGGCCCGACAGCCUCCCAAGUGCAUUCCAGAUAUCCUUGAGGCGUAUGUCGGCGCGAUAUUCGUCGACUCUGAGUAUGACUACAGAACGGUUCAGCGCUUCUUCAAUGACCAUUUCAAGCCAUACUUCCUGGAUAUGCGGAUCUACGACACCUUCGCCAACAAGCACCCCGUGACCUUCUGCACACAAUUCAUUUACGAAGAGUUUGGCUGCCACGCUUACGGAUUACACUCGGAGGAGACGAAGAUGAUGGACAACGAGGGCACUUGGACCGGCUCCACCAAAGUUGCGGCCGGCAUCCUUAUUCAUGGGCGGGUGGUGGACGGCGCGGUUCGAGAGAGUGGGCGAUAUGCAAAAGUGGCUGCUGCCAGACUGGCGGUGCAAAAGCUGAAGAGAUUGACGAAAGAGAAAUUCUUGGAAGAAUUUGCGUGCGAUUGCAAGCCCGGUGAGGCGGCCACUGACAUCGCUGAAAGUGCAACGGCGAUUUGA